CUAUAAUUGGAGCAAAUUACGUGCACCCAAUCUGUCGUUUUGCUUCUACGACGACUCACCCCAUCUGCUUUGCCUCAUUAUUUUUCGCUACCCUAUCCGCCUCUCUCAAGUUGCCUUGCCUGAUUUGGUUCAUGGUCGUGAAGGCCUCCACGUGCAUGGUCCUCUUUGGCUGCGAGAGGUUUGAUUUGGACUGCCUUGGUUGUGAGGCUUCCACGUUGCAUUUUUGGGGCUGGCCGGAUCGUGACACUUCCAGUUCCAGGGUGUCGAGAGCCCAAAAAAGCCCAUCUCCUUCCAACCAGGCCCCCCCGCUCUCUUCUCUUUCAAAACCCCCCCGCUCUCACAUCUCUUUCUUCACCAAUUCUUCUCUCCCGGCCAAUGGAUCCCCAACCCCAACUGAGGAGCAGCAACAACACCACCAGGACUUCCCUUGCAAUGGAGAGAACCGGCCAAUGGAUCUUCUCUCAGGAUAUCCCGACGGACGUUCUCGUCGAAGUCGGGGAAGCAAAUUUCUCCCUCCACAAGUUCAUGCUAGUCGCCAAGAGCAACUACAUCAGGAAGCUGAUCAUCGACUCCAAAGAAACCGAUCUCACGAGGAUCGACCUCUCCGACAUCCCGGGCGGCCCCGAAAUCUUCGAGAAGGCUGCCAAGUUCUGCUACGGCGUCAACUUCGAGAUCACGGUCCACAACGUCGCCGCUCUCCGCUGCGCCGCCGAGUUUCUUGAGAUGACCGACGCCUACUGCGACGCCAACCUCGCCGGCCGGACCGAGGACUUCCUCGCCCAGGUCGCCCUCACCACCCUCUCCGCUGCCGUCGUCGUGCUUAAAUCCUGCGAGGAUCUCCUCCCCCUUGCUCAGGACCUCCAAAUCGUCAGCCGCUGCGUAGAGGUCAUCAGCCUCAGGGCGUGCAACGAGGCCAACUUCCCAAGCCGCUCGCCGCCCAACUGGUGGAUGGAGGAGCUCUCCAUUCUCGACAUUGAAUUCGUAUCACAAAUUAUCCCCGCCAUGAAAAAGCGAGGCGCCAAGCCUAUGGUUUUGGCGAGUGCGCUCGUGACCUACACGGAGAGAAAUCUCCGGGAUCUCGUCCGUGACCACUCGGGCAGCGGGUCCAAAUCGUUUGACCCUGAUUUUCCCGAUCACGAGUUGGAGCUCAGAGCUCAUCAGCGCGAGCUGCUCCAGUCGAUCGUCUCGUUGUUACCCGCCGAAAACGCCGCUUUCCCUGUCCAUUUCCUCUGCUGCCUCCUCCGAUCUGCAAUCUUCCUUAAAACCUCCAUCGCUUGCAAGAACGAGUUGGAGAAGCGGAUAUCCGCCAUUCUAGAGCACGUGAUGGUGGACGAUCUCCUGGUUCUGUCUUUCACCUACGAUGGGGAGAGGCUGUUCGACCUGGAAAGUGUGAGGAGGAUCAUCUCCGGAUUCGUGGACAAGGAGAAGAACAUGGGGGUUUUCAAUGGCGGCAAUUUCAGGGAAUCUUAUUCCACUGCUACCCAGAAAGUGGCCAAGACUGUUGAUGCUUAUCUUGGCGAGAUCGCAACUCAUGCUGAGCUGACCAUCUCUAAGUUCAAUGGGAUCGCUGUUCUCGUCCCUAAAACGGCCAGGAAGGUCGACGAUGACCUUUACCGCGCCAUUGACAUAUACCUCAAGGCGCAUCCAAACCUUGACGAGAUAGAACGGGAGAAAGUCUGCAGCGUUAUGGAUCCAUUAAAGCUCUCCUACGAAGCACGACUUCACGCAUCUCAAAAUAAAAGACUACCUGUCCAAAUCGUCCUCCACGCACUCUACUACGACCAGCUGCAGCUCAGGAGCGGCACAGCCACAGAAAAUUGCACCACACCCAUGGCGGCAGCGGCGGCCACGAAGAGCCAGCUACAGACCGAUGUAUCCCUGGUGAGAGAGAACGAGGCGCUGAGAGCCGAGCUAAUGAAGAUGAAGCUUUACAUCACGGACAUUAAGAAGACUGGUGGGAGUCAGGGGAGCUCCGGCAAAGCAGGGGGCUCUGGUAAAAGGGGACAUUCUUCUCCUCGAUGUCUAAAACUUUGGGAAAGCUGAACCCUUUCAGACAUGGGUCCAAGGAUACUUUAAACAUCGAUGACAGCGCUGGGAUCGACAUUACCAAGCCUAGGCGGAGAAGGUUUUCGAUCUCUUGAAAGAGAUCGAUUUGUGUGAUCUUGAGUUUAUAAUUAGUGUUGUAUGUGUGAAAGUCAUGAUUGCUCGGUGUUAAAACGUUUUGUGUGGUGAGAAAUUUGUUUAUUUUCUAUCGUAGAUAUAUUUUACAGUACGUGUAAUAGUGUUUUGUGGCGAGACAGUUUGAUUCUUUUGUAUUUGUAUAUACGUUUCAUGGCCCUGCUGCCGUUGUAAUUGUUUUCCCCUAGUUCGCCUCUUUUAUUGUUUUGGUGCCGUUGUUUUUCUUCACAUCAUACAUGUAACACCUCGAAUUUGAGUCCAGAUUCGACAAGUAAUAAAUGUACUAGUUCGAUCGACAA